AUGGCUUAUGGGCUCAAAUUUUUGAAAAGAAAUACCUCAAAGGAAUGGUUGGUGGAAUUGGACCAGCUGAGGAAUGCUCUUACUGAAGAUUUGGUUCAAAAGAUCAUUGUUGUUCCUGUUGGAUUUGGGAACUCUGUACAUGAUGCUCAAAUAUGGGGCAAUCUACUCUCUAAGGUUAAAGGCCCUGAUGGUAUUGGUUGGAAUAUUAUUUUUACUAUUACUUAUUUGUAUAUCUGGAAUUGGCGUAACAAGCAGAUUUUUAACGUUGAAGUGGUUUUGCCUUUUAGUCCUAGGAAAACCAUCUUUACUGCGGUUGUUGAGUGGGUUAAAGCCGCUAAUGGCUUUGGCAAGAAACCUGAUAGAGUACAUGUUUUUUUGGCUUGGGAACCUCCUACAAUUGGCCAACUUAAGCCGAAUGUGGAUGGUUCUAUAAGGGCUGCCACUAAUAUUAUUGGAGCAUGA